GGGGCGCUGCUGUCACUUGACAGCGCCGUGUGAGGCGGGGGGCAGAGAGGAGCCGCCGGGCUAUGGUGUAGGUCGUGUGCUGGUCCAUGGAGAAGAGGAGGAUGGACUGUCCGGCACUGCCGCCGGGCUGGAAGAAGGAGGAGGUCAUCAGAAAGUCCGGGCUGAGCGCUGGCAAGAGCGAUGUCUACUACUUCAGUCCGAGCGGUAAGAAGUUCAGAAGCAAGCCUCAGUUGGCCAGGUACCUGGGGAAUUCUGUUGACCUCAGCAGUUUUGACUUCAGAACGGGAAAGAUGAUGCCCAGUAAAUUACAGAAGAACAAACAAAGACUAAGAAAUGACCCUCUCAAUCAGACGAAGUUGAAACCAGACCUGAACACGACGUUACCCAUCCGUCAGACGGCGUCCAUCUUCAAGCAGCCGGUUACCAAAAUAACCAACCACCCCAACAACAAAGUCCGAUCCGACCCGCAGCGGGUCAUUGAACAGCCUCGCCAGCUUUUUUGGGAGAAGAGGUUACAAGGACUAAGUGCAUCGGAUGUAACGGAACAAGUCCUAAAGUCCAUGGAGCUUCCUAAGGGUCUGCAAGCGGUCGGGCCAGGGAACAGAGAAGACACCCUCCUCGCCGCCAUCGCCAGCGCCCUGCACACCAGCUCUGCACCAAUCACAGGACAACUCUCCGCAGCCGUAGAGAAAAACCCAUCCGUUUGGUUAAACACAUCGCAGCCGCUCUGCAAAGCUUUCAUAGUUACAGACGAGGAUAUCAGGAAACAGGAGGAGAGAGUGCAACACGUUCGAAAGAAAUUAGAAGAGGCAUUAAUGGCCGACAUACUUGCACGAAGCGCUGAAAGUGACACAGAGAGUUCUGUGGAAACAUAAUUUUCUGUCUUUGGUACCAUGGCUAUUUAAGAAUAAAUGCAAUUCCUGGUUCUCCCCUUACAAUAAAGACACCUGCACAUUUAUAUAGGAUUUUUUUUAAUUUUAAUCGCAUCGAUCCAAUGCCUUCCUAGAAUUCUAUUUUUUGAUGUAUAUAUCUAUAUUAUUAUGGAACAGAGCGAUUUUUAUUUUGUCUGACUUUUUAAAUGUAAAGCAAUAUUAAUAAUCCAGCCUCAGUUUUAUCUAUCAGGUUCCAGGCCGCCGGUGUCCUGAGCAGAUUUUUUUUUAUUCUUAAUAUUAAUAAUCCCAUGACGUGCCUUCUUUAUUUUAUUUUUUUUAUUUUAUUUCUGAUUGGCGUUUCUGGUAAUUCCACUUUAUUUAAAUCCCUUUUUGUACCUCAGAGACGUGUGGACGCUUAUCGACAUCUUCUAUUUAAAUAUAAAAAAAAGAAAAAUAAAGAAUUUAUAUGCAAUUA